AUGCUCUUGCGUAGCUCUGUGACGAAGGUCAUCACCACAGCCGGUCGUCCAGUAUGGCGCCUCUCGCCGCCGCCACAGCUUCGUCCACUGUCCACGACGCUCCAUAAACCCGCCGCAAAGCCCUCCUUCUCGACACCAGCAUACGGUCUUGCUUCCAGCACAGGCACACAUUGGGCUGCCGAAACGACUGCAGCCGAGCGACAGGUCACACUCGACGACUUCAAGAGACUGGCAGAGGACAAAACGGCUACUGUGAACGAUGCCAAGCUGUGCCUGAAGCAGAGUCGGGCGGAAAUCGAAAGAUUGCCUAUCUCACAACGGAAAGAGGCAUGUGCUGAAAAGCAGGUGGGAGGGCGCGUGAUGCUCUGGUUGAUAUCGCAAGAUCUCGAGGGAAAUCCAUAUCUGGACAGGGACCUCACCGAUGCGCUUUGCUGGUUUGCCUUGCCCGAGGACUUGGAGCGCUACCUCUUCUGUUGGAUCGCAAGAGAGCUGGGACAACCAACGAGAGCUUUUGACAAGGAAAAGCCAUGCCUGUCGCCGCAUUGGCUUGCUCAGCGCUUGAUUGGAAGUUUGAUAUCUGCACACGCUUCGUGGUCCCCUAGCGACGGCGAUCCGGCGCUACAGUGCUUCCAGAAGGCAGUGAUGGACUUUGGGGAUCAUCGGCUUGGUCAAGGCCAUAGAGGCUUGUUCAUGUCUGCGUACGUCGCUCUGGCACGAUUCUUGAGACAUGACUAUUCUCCACCAAGUAGCGAGCAGCUUUACGACUUCGCAGUGGAGCAGUUAUGGCGCCGAGAAAAGGACGGGUACGAAGAGCGAGCCAGAUGGCCGCUAUAUGAUCCUGCCAGACCUACGGCCGACCUGCUCCUGUCCUGGCUUCAGGACCCAGAGAGCCCAUUGCAUGCUAUUUUCUCUGCAAAGGCUGCUAAAGCGAACGCCUUGGCGCAGGACAUUCUGCGUGGUUCCGUGAUAUUCCGUCUGCAGGGCUACGAUGAGAAAGCGCAAUGGCUCGAACAAAUUGUAGAGUCUCAAUGCAAGGCUGUUUGGUUCCACAGGGCAAAGAUCUACCGGUCGCACGAGGAUGAUCCGAAGAUGGGUAGCUUACGCCACGCUGGCGACUCCAUCUAG